AUGAAGAAGAUUACAUUUGAAUCAUUACCUAAUGAACUUUUACUGAUGAUAUUUUCUUAUUUAUCUUUCAUUGAUCUUUGUCAAUUGUUUCUUGAUUUAAAAAAUGCUCGUCUUGAACGUCUUCUUACUUCUAAAUAUUACUCAUUAGAUCUUAGUUCAAUAUAUUUUAAUCAAUUACGACAAUUUCUCAGUAGUAGUAACGAUAAAAUAAAUCGUUUGACUACUUUGAUAGAUACAGUUGUAAUUUGUGAUUCAUCUGCUGGUUGGAUGUUACUCAAACAUUGGAUAGAAACAUUCAUUGAUACCGAACUAUCAAACACAUGGUUACCAUCGAUCAAGAAGCUUUUUAUAUUAAAUGCAGACUAUUUCCAACAUUACUUCAUUAAAUCAUUUUUUCCACCUUUGAUUUCUGUUAGCAAUACAUUACAAUAUUUGCAUCUGGUAUUUGAAACACCUACGUUCUAUUAUCCUUCAGUACUCUCCGAACUAAUUCGUCAUCAUAUAUCAGUUCAUACUAUGAUAUUAGAAGUUGAAAACGGUCAUGAAUUCUAUCCGAAUGAGCUGAAGAAAGAUUUACACAAUAUGGAAUCAUUAUAUUGGCCAAAUACAGUUCAAUUAACAUUAAGUAUUCAAUAUCCCAGCGAACUUGUUCUUCUAUUGAAACGUGACGCUCUACCUGCAAUUGAACAUUUAAAUAUUACCAAUGAGCAAAUACAUACUGUUUUCCCAUUACGUCGAUAUAUACCAGUAUCAAAUAUUCAUCUUUGUGAUUAUAAUCUGCGUGAAAUAGCUGAUGGUACUCGCUUGCGAUCUUUACUCUUACGUUAUUUAUCUCUCAGCGAUAUUAUUCUAUUGAUUGGCUCAUUAACCAUGCCUUUGCUUGAAAAAUUAAUACUCAUUGAUUUUGAUUUAAGUCGUGGGCCUAUUGAAUCAGCAAAUCGUAUGGCAUCGACACCUACAAAAAAAAUAACCGUCUUACUCGAACAAAAAGAAAGUUUUCCGAAAACACGUACACCACUUAAACUUCUUGGACCGGAUGAAAUACCAAUCGAUAGUACAAUAACGACAAAUGAUAUUAAUGCUAGUCUUCAACCUGUUUGGUAUACAGAACAAACUAUUGUUGAUGAUCAUCAUGUACAACAAGAAGAUAAUAUUUCAACAAUUCAAGAUAAAUCUCGAACAACUUUAACACGUUCAACAUUACCACUAAUACAAAGUGAAAGUCCAUCAAUAAGUGAAGAUGAUGAACUUUCAUCAUCAAAUCAACCAUCAUUAAUGCAUAAAUCAUCAACAUUUACAAUUGAACCAUCAAUGAAUGUUGAUUCACAAUUAAAUGAUAUAGAAAAAGAAAAUCUUAAUAAUGAUGAUAAAAAAUCUUCAAUAACUGAACCAUCUGAUGAAUCAUUUCGUGCACUUGAACAACUCUUAGGUCUUGGUUCAUCAACAACUAUUCGUGAAUCACCAAAAACAAAUCAUGAUACACUUUCAUUAACUGUUGUUACACCAACUGAUAUUAUUAAUGCAACAACAACAUCAUUACGUAUGAGUUAUGCACCAAAAACUACAACAGAUAAUUUACCAUCAUCACAAGAUAUUCCAAUAAUGCCAACUAUUGAAAGUAUAAAUACAACAAAUCCACCAUCAUUUCUUGUGGAUAAUACUAUAAAUGAAGAUGAACAAGCAUCAACAACAAUAAAUCAACAAAAUUCAUUUGAUAGUACUGAAAAUAAAACAAAUACAGAUGAUGAAUCAAGUUUUUCAUUUGAAUUAAAUGAUUUUUCUAAUAAUUCAAAAGCUGAAUCAACUGUUAAUGUUCCUGAGCCAAGUCAACCAAUGAUUACGAUUCGUGCACCAACAUGUGCUGAUGUUGCAUAUCGUGCUUUAAUUAAACCACGAUCAAGUGCAAGAAUAUCUCAACCAGUUAAAGUUGAUUCACCAUUAGCAGUAUCAAAUAAACCUCGUUCAUCAGCUCCAGCAUCACGUAUUCUUCGUUCAAGCUGUCGUCGUAUAUCUACUGAUUCUUCGUCACAAAAUUCUAUUGUUCAAGAACAAUCACCAGCAAAUAAUGAAUGUUUUGUUAAUAAUGAAAAUAACUUAAAUAGUGAAAAACAAAAUGAAUUUGUCGAAAUUGUUAGUGUACCUGAAGAAGAUGAAAAUGAACAAGAAAAAACAAAUUCAAUUACAUUAAAUCUUACUUUAUCAAAACCAACUGAUGAAAUAAAUCAAAAUAUGUCAAUUCAAUCGGAACAAAUUUCUACACCAGUUAAAUCAUUAAUGUCAUUAUUAUCACGUGAAUAUACAUAUAAUACACCAAAACGUCGUUCAUCUCAACGUCGUCGUUCAAUGUUAAAUUCUUCAUUAAUUCCAACCGAACAAACAAUCAUAAAUGAAGAAGAAUAUAAAUCACCAUCAAUACCAUCAAAAUCAAUGUUAAAUAUUCUUUUAACAAAACCAACUGAAACAGAACAAAAAUCAAUAACAGAUUUAAAUACACUUUCACCUAUUCAAUCAACAACGAAAUCUCCAUCAAUUGCUUCAAAAUCAAUGUUAGGAAUUCUUUUAACAAAUCCAACUGAUAACGAACAAAGUGUUUUACAAGAAACAUCAAUGAGAUCAUCAUUAAAUCGUAUAUCAACACGUAAAAGUAAACGUUUAUCAACAAAUUUAACACCAAGAGUUAGUAUUAAUCCACUUCAUUCAUCAACACCAUCAACAACAAAACGACAUAAAUCUUUACAAAUGGUUUCGAUUGGAGAACAAGAACAAGUUUCAACAACUGUUCCACAAGAAAUCAAUAAUGAUACUCAAGAAAUUGAAAUAAUACCACUUAAUAAAACCGAAGAAAGUAUUCAACAACCAAAAGUUCCUCGUACAAUUGAAGCAGGUGUUCAAACAACUCCAAGUCUUAAUACUUCAUCACGUCGUUAUUUAAAUACAAUUGAACAACAAAUAUCACCAAUGGAAACAAAAAUGAUUAUGAGCUAUCAACGUAAUGUACGUUUUCAAUUAACACCAACAACUGAUGCACGUUUAACUGAAAAAGAAAAACUUGAAGAAAAUUUACGUGGUUUAAAACCAGAUAUUGUCAUUAAUCCAAUACCAAUUAUAACUCAACCUAAACAAGAAAAUGUUAAAUCUAUUCGAACGAAAAAAAUUUCUAAACCAAAAAAGAAAGUAUUUACACCCAAAAAGAAAACAAUCGUAUCAAAUAAAAAAACACAAGUAAAAAAAGCUUUAAAACGACUUUCACCAACAAAAGUUUUAAACAAAAAACCUGAACGUACUCUAACAAAAAAACGUUCGCAACGUAAACGACCAAGUAGUCAUGAAGUAACAAUCGAACCAACUGCUAAACGAACUAAAACAUCAAAACCAAUUGAAAUUUCUUUACCAUCAUUGACUCCACCAAAAGCACGAAUUACUCGAGCAAUUAAUAAAAAAAAUAAAUCUGAAUCAAUCAAACGACAAGCUAAACCAUCAACUGUUCCAAAAACUAAUAAAAAAAAUAAAUCCGAACAAAAACAAAAUACUUCCACAAAUAAUAAAUCUGAAUUAGUUGUACAAAAACGACGUACUUCGAAAAACAAUAAGCCAGAAUCAAUUGAACGACAACGAAGUACAUCCGCUAAGAAUAAAUCUGAAUCAAAUACUUUGGAAAACAAUAAAACUGAACCGGUUAAACAAAAACGAAAUGCUUCAAAAAAGAAUCAAUCUAAACCAACUACGGAAAACAAGAAACCUGAAUUGGUUGAACAAAAACGACGUACUUCGAAAAAGAAUACAUCAGAACGAAUUUCUCCGGAAAAGAACAAACCCGAACCAGUUGAACAAAAACAACGUACUUCAGAAAAGAAUAAAUUCGAAUCAGUUAAACAAACACGAGGUGCUUCGAAAAAGAAGAAAUCUGAACCAAGUGUUGCAGAAAAUAAACCUGAACCAAUGGAACGAAAACGACGUACUUCAAAGAAGAAUACAACAGAAUCAAUUGUUCAGGAACAGAAGCAACUCGAACCAGUUAAACAAACACGUAGUGCUUCAAAAAAGAAUAAAUCGGUACCAAGUACUUCGGAAAAUAAACCUGAACCAAUUAAAGAAAAACGAAGUACUUCGAAAAACAAAAAAUCUGAGCGAAGUGUAUCAAAAAAGAAUACAUCGAAACCAAUUGAACGACCAGUAGAAAUAACUAAUGAACCAAAAACUACAGAAUUAAUAAUGAAAACAAGAAAACGUCGAUUAGAAAGUGUUGAAAAAAAUGAAGAUUCAAAAAAGAAAGUUGAAAUUCAAAAUAUUGAAUUAAAUCAAAAGGAACAACAAAAAAUUGACGAAUUAACGGUUGCUGAACUUAAAUCUCGAUUAAAUAAACAUAAGGAAGAUAUACCAAAAAAUGCAAAGAAAGCUGAUCUUAUCGCUUUACUUAUGAAAAUAGAAACAAAUUUACUUAAACAACGAAAACAAGUUGAAACACCAAUUGUUAGAACAACCCGCCGACACAAGAAAUAA